AUGGCGCGAAUUUCAGAUCUCAUCCGAGAUUCAAAGCUUGAAACACAGUUUCACGCGGGCUGUACAGUCCACACUUUCCAAGAGCCAGAUCCAAACUCUGGCUGGCGUCUUGUGACUCGACUCAAGUAUUGGCACCAUAAACAAGAUAUCGGAUUUGGUGGAUUUAGUAGGGUCUACUUGGAGAAGUGCAUCGGAGGAGGGCGCCAAGAUGGCGCAGUCAGAGCAGUCAAGCAGAUCUCGAUCAAUACGCGAGACAAGAUCGACUAUAACCGUGAGUUGGAAGCAAUUGCUAAGUUCUCACAUCCUCGAUACAAAACACGCUUCGUCAAAUCAUUCGGAUGGUACGAAGGUCCCAAUCAGCUCUUCGUCGCCAUGGAAUAUCUCGAAAUCGGUGACCUUGCCACGUAUCUUGAUCGAAGACCGCCAACAUCGCCAUUACUUGAGAACGAGGCGCAACAAAUUGCAUAUCAGAUCCUCGAUGGUUUGAACAUGAUGCAUCGCCAUGAAUUUGCUCACCGAGACUUGAAACCACACAAUAUCCUUAUCAAAAGACACCCUCCCGGCGAUUGGUGGAUCAAGCUGGCAGACUUUGGUCUUGCCAAACGUGAUGAAGGAUCUCAUGGGUAUUCAUCGACGCUGAAAGGAACACAUGGAUAUAUUGCCCCUGAACUUUGGAAGUUUAUUGAUCGAGGCACUGAUUAUGCCUCUGAUAUAUGGGCUCUUGGAGCGGUUACACACGAGAUUCUCACCAAGAAACCUGCGUUCGCGAAUAACGGAUUGCUUUCAGUAUACAGAAAUCAGCAGCGUUUCCCAGACACCAUGCUCAUCGAUGCUGGCGUGAGUCAAAUGGGUGUUGACUUUGUGGUUGCCCUGAUGCGCCUGUUCCCCAAUGAUAGACUAUCUACCGCAGCUGCCAUGUCAAACCCCUGGAUACAAUCACAAAUACCUCAACCUGUCAUGCCCACGAUAAUAAUUGAAGAUGAGCUACGAGCUCCCUCCAUAGCUUCAACAAUUACGGAAGAGUUUGCGUCCUGGAAUACCAAUCCAAAAGCACUCUCGGAUAUUCUCGAUAGCAAGCCUCGUUCAACCACCACAAAGGUUCCAAUAGACAACACUCCACAGCAGACUAACACGACGCAAGAAACUUGGAAGUAUUCUUCGCAGUAUUCUUCGCCGCAAAUCCCUCAACCCACCGUAUCCACGAGAAUCAUUGCAGGUGAGCCACGAGCUCUAUCUCUAGCUUCAACAAUGACGGAAGAGCUUGCAUCCUGGAAAACUAUUCCAGAAGCACACGAGGAUAUUCAACAAAGCAGGCCUAAUUCAACCGCCACAGUGGUUCUGGUUAACAAUACCCCAGAGCAGACCACCACGCCACAGGAAACGGGAUUAAACUCUUCUGGGCAGACUACACUGCGAGCUGUUUCAGGAAAUGAAGCCGCGACUAGCAAGCCUCUCCCCUCAACACUCAGACGAUAG